AUGGAGAGUGAGCCAAAUCUGAUUGACCAGCUAGAGGAUCAAAUCAUUGAUCAUCCCGAUGCCGAUACCAAAAAAGCCUUGAAUGAAUCAUCGAUAGAUGAAACUUUUCAAAAACGAUUGAAUGAACGAGCAGAACAGUUUGCCAAUUCUAGUAGCCAGUUUGAUGCCGGGGCAAAUGGUGGCACUAGUGAAGGCAAUGUAUCUGGAUAUGGACCACCGGGAUCAAAUGCCAUUGGUUUACAAUUUUUAAUCACUAAGACUCAUUUGCAGUAUGAAUAUAAAGAUUUUGAAGAUUUACAAAAAGAAUUGAGUGAAUGGUUUGCAUUUAAUGAUUUUGCUACGUUAUCUGGGCUUGGAUACCUACCAGAAGCAUUUCAAAAUGAAAUUGAAAAGCGAUCACACGAUGAUCGUCUGAUUAAUGAAAAAGUAAUUGAGAUUUUAAAAUCAAGUGUAACAACUUUAGAACACGGUUCUACUAGUGACUCUUUGGGAAAUGAAGAACUAAGUGAUGCACUUGACUUACUUUUGUAUUACUCAUUUGGCUCAUAUAAGUCGACCGACUUGGAGGGACAACUAAAGAAUAUCAGUCACCAUAAUAAAGUGCUAUAUGACUUGGACAUAUUAAAACCAAUUCUUCAAUGGAUGAAAAGCUUCAUUGAUUCUCGUAUUGCGAUCGAUAACGAAUACGAUAUUGUCCUGGAAAGUGAAGAAAGCAACGAUUACGAGGAAUCUCAAGAAGAUCCCGAGGAAGUUCCAUAUUCUAUCGCUUCUAAUUACUUCAAGAUAUUAACGCUCUUCUAUUUCAUAUUAAAUACGUUUCUUCAGUGCCAAUCGGAUGUCCGCUUUCAAAACUUAAGGGAUAAUCUCAUAUCCAAUGAUAUACUAUCUAGCAUCAUUGAAUUCAUUGAACAUUGGAAAUGGAAUCCUAAUACAAACUAUAGAAUAAGAUAUCUUUUCUUGAUAACUUGGAAAUUGAUUUUAAUUGAAAUGGGUGAUUCUUCUCAAAUGUCAAAAACUGAUGAUUUCUUACUCAUGAAGCACAAUAUAAAGAAUAAAAAAGGUAAAGAUAUACCCAGCUCCAAGUUAACAUGCUCUCCGCUAGAUUAUUUCACAUUUAGAGAAGACUUGAUGGAUAAAUACCCACUUUAUAACGAUGAUAAAAGUAAGUCACCUUUUAAAUUCAAAGAAUUUGAAAAUGCAAUUAAUCUGGCUUCGCAAAAAGAUACUGAAUCUGAUUCUGUAUCCACCAAGUCAAACUCGAGUAUUGAUACCAAUUAUGAUUAUUUCAUGGCUAUGAAUUCACAAUCUAAUUCAUUGUCAAAUUUAUUGGAGUUACCAAGACCAAAUAAAGUGCAUACCGUUCUUAGUCAAUUACCUGUCCAAACAGUACAUAUUGCAACACCAGUUCCAUCGCCUCCCACUACGCCUUCUGACUACAUGUCAGGAGGUGAGAAGAUAAGAAAACUGUAUCAUGUUAAUCAAGGUAUGCCACUUAUUUACCCACAUUCUGGAGAAAAUGGUGAGGUCCAAGUACCAUAUUCAAUUAAAGAAGCAGAUGAAAUUUUGAAAAAUUCAAUAUAUGAGAGUUAUUCCAUCAAAAGAUUAUGGGAUGAAAGACAAAAAUUUAUGAUCCAAGAACGAGGAAACGUUAAUGAAUAUUUAGAAAAUAACAACGAAAAAUCAAAUGAAGAAUUUGAGUAUGAUGAAACUUUAUUAAAUGAAUAUCCUGAAUAUAAAUCCGAGAUCAAGUCUUUGUUGAGAGUGGAAUCUUUCUAUAAAACGAAUAUUUGCCGUUUCAAUUCAUUGAUUCAAGUAUUAAUGGAAACAAUAAAAUCAAAUAAGUAUGAUUAUAACCUUAAUUUUGCAGAAAUGGAAUUAAAUCCUGAGACUUCAUGUAUAAACCAAAUGGUAAAUGAUAAUUUAACCAAAGAUGAAUCAAUAGCUAAAAUUCAAUUUGUUAUAAUGCAGCAAUUGGAAGUUCAAAAAAUCAAAGAAAUUACAUUGAAGGCAAGUUCUGCAAUAUUAAAUUUAUUACUUAAAUGGUUUAAGAUCAAUCACGUUUUAAAAUUUUAUUAUUUAAACUCACUUCUAUUCGACCAGCAAUAUUUCAAUGUUUUGAUGGAAUUUAUUAGCAUAAGUAUCAAUAACACAAACUUAAGAAGACCAAAAGACUCAAAAGAUGCUAAUGAAUCAGAUUCACUUUCAGAAUACGAAACAUUAAUUUGUCAAAAUAAAUUAAUGAAUCCAGAAAUUACAUUACCAAAACUCGAAUUCUUCCAUAAUUGUCACGAGUUAAGUUACAAUGGAGGAUAUGAAUUGAUUAAUAAGAUUCCGUUAUCAAAACUACCUAAUGAGGUCGACGAACAUAAUAUCAAUAAUGUUACCAUCACCAAAGCAAAUAAAAGUUUCUGCUUCAUCCUUACAAAUCUUCUUAACGUCGCCAAUAAAAUAUUAAUCAAAAACGUCUCUCAGAGAACCUUCAUCUUGAAUGAAUCCAAACCUUCAGAAUACUUUAAAAUCAUCCUACUCAACUACGAUAACGACCAUUUGAAGAUUCCAAUCUUGAAAAUCCUAAAGAAAUUGAUCCCAUACCAAGGAAGAAAAUGGAAGUCGAUCAAUAUGGAUCUCAUUUCUCUAAUCUACCUCAAUCUUAAAUUAUCCUUAAAGGAUAAUUGGUUAAGUGGACGGGAUUUAGAAAGUGACUUCAAUAACUCAUUUGAUCAAGAAAUCGCCUUGAGAUCUUUGCUACAGUUCUACAACAUGAGAAAGUACCCUGACCAAAUGCAAAGCUUAGGCUACCAAGUUUCAUCCGAUGAUAUCCCUAUCCUUGACUUAAACCAUGAAGAUUGGUAUUAA